GUUGGACCGGCCGCCGCGGUUCCAUUUUUCAAUCACUAAAGAGUUUCUCUCCGUCAACGAUUCUUCCAAGAAGGUCAAAUUUCAAUCCAGACGAAGACUUGCUGAUCUAAUGGCUUCCGUCUGCAACAUUUUCCACCAUACCGCACUCACUUUUCUGCAUAUAUACUCGCUAUUUGUUGCCUCUUCUUUCCCAAAAACCAGGAACGAGGAACGGGUUCGUUUUGGAUUUGAUUUUGCAGCGAGUGAAUAGAAGGAUAUGGAAAAUGUGGUUGAUGUUCUGAUUGUGGGAGCUGGAAUCAGUGGUCUCACUACUGCAUUGGGACUUCACAGAUUGGGUAUUCGAAGCUUGGUUUUGGAGUCGUCGGAUGAUUUGAGGAUCACUGGGUUUGCGUUAUCGUUAUGGACGAACGGCUGGAAGGCGUUGGAUGCAGUUGGAAUUGGCGAUUCACUUCGCCAAAUCCAUGACCAACUUGAAGGGAUUAUAACUACAUCAAUGAUUUCUGGGCGUAAAACUUCAGAGCUGUUGUUUUCGGCUCCCGAAGAACGUGGAGUUCGCUGUGUCAGAAGAAAGUUCUUGCUAGAAUUUCUGGCCAAGGAACUUCCCAUUGGAACCAUCAAAUUCUCCUCCAAGGUGGUUUCCAUUGAGGAGUCUGGUUUGCUUAAACUUGUGCAUCUUGCUGAUGGAACCUCAAUCAAGACCAAGGUGCUAAUAGGAUGUGAUGGAGUGAACUCGGUGGUGGCAAAAUGGCUAGGCUUCAAGGCACCAGCUUUCACAGGGAGAUAUGCUGUAAGAGGCUGUUUAGAACUCAAGUCCAGCCAUGGUUUUGAACCAAAGAUGAGCCAAUUUGUCGGUGAGGGAGUACGAGCUGGUAUCAUCCCGUGCAAUGACAAGACUCUUUAUUGGUUUUUCACUUGGACCCCCUCAGCUGAAGAGAUUGAAAUGAGUGAAAAUCCAGCAAAACUGAAGCAACUUGUACUAAGCAAGCUUGGAGAGAUGCCAGGAGAAGCAAGGGCAGUGAUUGAAGAAACUGAUGUAGCUUGUUUUCAACCAGCAGCAUUGAGAUACAGACCUCCAUGGGAGCUGAUGUGGGGCAACAUUGUGAAAGGCAAUGUGUGUGUGGCUGGUGAUGCGCUGCACCCAAUGACCCCAGACCUCGGCCAAGGUGGGUGUUCUGCUUUGGAAGAUGGGGUUGUUUUAGCCAGAUGCAUUGCAGAAGCCCUGCUGAAGAAACCCAGCAGCCCUGAGGAGGAGGUCCUGCUGCUCGAGAUGGGGCUUAGGAAGUACGCUGCCGAGAGGAAAUGGCGGAGCAUCGACCUGAUCAGCACAGCAUAUAUGGUGGGAAGGCUGCAACAGAGCAGUGGGGUGUUUGCGAAGUUCUUCAGGGAUAAGAUUUUGUCUCACUUUCUGGUUGGCCUCUUGCUGGGAAGAACAAACUUUGACUGCGGGAAACUGGCCCCUUCUUCUUUGUAGCCAACCAAUCUCAUUGUCACUUAUUUCUUCUUCUUCUUCUUCUUCUUCUUCUUCGUCAUGUAUUUUUAUUUUGUGUAAAAUUUUAGAACUUUGCUUGUGUGCAAAUAUGUAGAGUUUGAAUAAAACAACGGCAAGUGCAGGACUUGCUUCUGCA